AUGAGAUGGUUUUGUGAUGACGGGCAGAUGGACAGCUGGGUGGUACCGCUGCCCGUUGCCCAGGACCAGAUGAUCCGUCAUGAUAAUUGUAACGGGCCAUUGCUCACAGUUUUGCCUCAGUCAUCCUUCAAAGGCUCCACAUCCUCCAAUGGACAGUUUCCUCACUUGGCCAAGCUGAACAAUGAAGAGGGGGAGGGAGGUUGGGCGCCCCGGCAGUCAGACAAACAGCACUGGCUGCAGGUGGACCUACUGGGGAGGGUAGAGGUCACCGGCAUCGCCACCCAGGGACGUGCAGGCAGCUCUGAUUGGGUGACCAGAUACAUGCUGCUGUUCAGUGACCUAGGACAGGUAUGGAGGCAGUACCAGCAAGAGGACGACACAGUGACAUUCCCUGGGAACACCAAUUCAGAUGCUGUGGUCCCCCACAAACUGCCCAUGUCCAUCAGGGCCCGCUUCCUUCGCUUUGUCCCUCUGAAGUGGAGCCGGGAAGGGGGGAUCGGCUUGAGAGCUGAGGUCUACGGCUGUGCAUACAAGUCAGAUGUGGUGGACUUCAACAGUAGAAGUGCUCUGUUGUACCGCUUCAACCAGAAGUCCAUGAGCACAGUGAAGGACAGGAUCUCUCUCAAGUUUAAGAGCCAGGGAGCAGAUGGGGUUCUGGUUCAUGGGGCGGGCCAGAGAGGAGACUACCUGACUCUGGAGCUCCACCAGGGAACCCUGGUCCUGCACCUCAACCUAGAUGAUGAAAAGUUAUAUCCCAGAAGUGGCAACCUAUCGGUGAGUGUAGGCAGUCUCCUGGAUGACCAAGGCUGGCACUCUGUCCUCAUGGAGCGCAUCAACACACACGUGAACCUGACGGUGGACAGGCUGACAUACCACUUCAGCACCACAGGUGUGGCCAAUUCACUGGAGGUGGACUAUGAGCUCAGCUUUGGAGGUAUUCCCCUGCCCGGAAAACCAGGAACCUUCCUCAGAAAAAACUUCCAUGGCUGUAUUGAGAACCUCUUCUACAAUGGAGUCAAUAUAAUUGACCUGGCAAAGAGGCGCAAGCCCCAGAUGUACAGCGUGGGUAACGUUUCCUUCUCCUGCUCGGAGCCCCAGCUGUAUUCCACUUCCUUUCUGAGUACCAACAGCUUCCUGUCUCUCCCUGUUGAACCCGGGAUGGAAGGGUUGUCGGUUCGAUUCCAGUUCCGCACCUGGAACCAAGAGGGGCUCCUGCUCUUGACUGUUCUGUCUGGAACCUCAAAGCUCCUGUUUGUGCACAUCAGCAGAGGCCAACUGCACCUCACUCUACAGAGACUAGCAGUUCAGAAGUCUGACGUUGCCAUAUCACAUAGUGUAAGUGAUGGGCAGUGGCACUCAGUCAGACUCAGCCUCAGAGAUCUGAAGGUCUCCCUGACCUUGGAUGCUGGGCCAGUCUCAACGAUGGAAGUGCAAAACCAUGUGGACCCUGACAAGAGUAUAUUUUGGGGUGGUUGUCCAUCCUUAGUGACCAGUCAAGGUUGUAGGAACCCUACUUUGGCCUUUCAGGGGUGUCUACGGCAGAUCACCAUCAACGGUCAGCCUGUGAACAUGUCCUUUGUGCAGCAAGGGAUAUGGGGCAAUUAUAGCCAGAUUCACUUUGAUGUAUGUGAGAUCCAUGACAGAUGCCUACCCAAUUAUUGUGAGCAUGAUGGUCAAUGCUCCCAAACCUGGAACACCUUUUACUGCGACUGCUCUGGGACUGGUUACACUGGAGCAACCUGCCACAACUCUAUUUAUGAGGCGUCUUGUGAAGCACACAGACGGAGCACUGGUUUAUCCGGCUACUUCUCCAUUGAUCCAGACGGCAGUGGUCCUCUCAGAUCGACGCUGGUGUACUGCAACAUGACUGAUGACCGGGCGUGGACAGUGGUGGUCCACAACAGCACAGGGCCGGUGAGCGUUCAGGGCUCUUCUCUGCAGGGACCACAUGUGAGGAUGUUCCACUACACCGCCUCGCCUCAGCAGAUGCUCUCAUUAGUGGGCCGGUCUGAGCUCUGCCAGCAGGAAGUUGUCUAUGGUUGCAGGAAGUCCCCUCUUUUCAAUGCGUUUGAUGGGACUCCGGUGUCAUGGUGGCUGGACAGGGACGGAGAGAGGAGGACCUACUGGGCUGGCUUCCAACCUGGCAUCCAGCAGUGCUCCUGCAGCCUGGAGGGAAACUGCAUCGACACGGACUUCUUUUGUAACUGUGACGCAGACCGAGACUCAUGGGCCACGGACACAGGAUUUGUCUCCUUCAAAGAUCACCUCCCCAUGACAGGAAUGGUUGUCGGAGCCACACACAGAACAGGUUCACUGGUUACAUACAGGGUUGGGCCUCUUCAGUGUUCUGGUGACCGAUUUCUGUGGAAUGCCGCAUGGGUCUAUGAGGGUUCAUCCUACCUCAGCUUCCCCUCCUUUCAGGCUGAGCUCAGCGCUGAUAUAUCCUUCUACUUCAAGACCAGCAGCUACUCCGGGGUCUUUCUGGAGAACCUGGGGAAAACUGAUUUCAUUAGGCUGGAUAUGACCUCACCCACAGCCAUUGCCUUCCUGUUCGACGUUGGGAAUGGUCCUGUGGUUUUGACGGUGAGAUCCCCAGUCCCCCUGAAUGACAGACAGUGGCAUUAUGUCCACGUGGAGCGCAACGUGAAGGAGGCCACGCUCCAGGUGGACCAGCUGCCCCCCCAGUCCCUGGGGGCCCCCUCUGAUGGCUUCUACCGCCUACAGCUCUCCUCCCAGCUGUUCAUAGGAGGAACAGCGUCCAGACAGAGCAGCUUUGUGGGCUGCAUCCGCGCACUGACCAUGAAUGGGGUCACUCUCGACUUGGAGGAGAGAGCUAGGAAGAGCCCAGGAGUCAGACCGGGCUGUCCAGGAAACUGUGGCGGUCAGGAACACCACUGCCACAACAGGGGAAGGUGCAUUGAGAAAGACCGGGGCUACGUGUGUGAUUGCACGCACUCUGCCUAUGGAGGUCCACACUGUGAGAAAGAAUUGUCAGUGUCCUUUGAGAGUGGUUCCUCAGUCACCUACAGGCUACAGGAGCCUUCAUCCGUGAUGGACAGCCGAGGCAGCCAAUCAACUGACAAAAAUGGAGACAGCAUCACCUUCCGUUUUCGGACAGUCCACGCCCCUGCCAUGUUGCUGUUCGUCAGCAGCUUCAAUCAAAAGUAUAUGGCAAUCAUCUUGGCAACAAACGGGAGUUUACAGAUCAGGGACCAGUGGGCUAGAGAAAAGACUUCAGAUGUAUUCAGUCCUCAGACCACCAGUCUGGCUGAUGGAAUGUUCCACCACGUCCAUAUCCACAGAGACAGGAGAGACUUGGAUAUUCAGAUUGACGAUGACAUCACUCGAAGAUUCAGUGUCUCGUCAGAUGCAGAGAUGGCCAGACAUACAUCUUUGACGUUGGGAAAAGUCAUGGGGCUCCCUGGUGUGGAUGAGGAGGUGUUGAGGGCUGGAUCAAGCGGUUUCAUUGGCUGCCUGUCAUCUGUCCAGAUCAAUCAUUUGGCACCUCUGAAGGCAGCCAUCUUAAAUCGUGUAAGCUCAUUGGUCAGCAUACAAGGCAAUAUGGUUGAGUCCAACUGUGGAGCUCUUUCUAAUGUUACGACAUCACACUCAAUAUCUGAUCUGUCAGACAGUGGGGUGCAUGGCGACAAAGAGCGACGGAAUAAUCCAGAACACAAUGGUUCAGCUUUAGUUGGAGGAAUCAUCGCUGCAGCUUCAGGUGUCAUCCUCUGUGCAGUAACCCUGACAACUCGCAUCGUGUACCAACGCUGCCAUUGUGCACAGGACAAGCAGUCCGUCACACAGAAAGAGGCAUGUCCCAAUCUGGACACCCGCUACCCUGAAGGCUACACUGAAGGCUACCCUGAAGGCUACCCUGAAGGCUACCCUGCCAACAUUGACCUGGACCUCUGCCCAGAUCUGGAUCUGGACAUGGACCUUGACAUAGAUCCACGCUUGGAUCCCUGCUUGAACCUGAGUUCUGAUAACUCAAAGAUAGACAACAAGAGGGAGUAUUUAAUCUGAGACCCUCCCAUUGAGCUUUUCUCUUCUAAAAUCUCCUUUUUGUAGCACAACCCCCAACCCUCUCCCCAAUCUGCUUGCCCUUGGGUAUUGAACAAAUGUACCAAACAGGCAAGGCUCAGGGUCUAGCUUGAGUUGGACUUGUUGCUGUGCCCUGUCACAGGUACAACUAUGAUGGAUUCUGUAAAGAGACCAAGAAGAAAAAACGGUCGGCGUAAAACUACUAAUCCUCCAACACAGACAAAAUAAUACACCAACAUGAAUCCCUCAAAGUCACCUUGGUAACCUCCAUAACAUUCUGAUCUCAUGGCCUCAUGACAUAGUUUUACUCUUGAAAUGUUUUUUGGUUUGCUGGUGGUGUUUGCCAUUUCAACAAAGGAAGACUUAAAGUAAUAUGAAGAGCAGCUGUUUGUUGCUGGGUCUGCUUUUGGUGUUUGACUGCGUAUCUAAUCCAAGACACAUGCCUUACAUAGCAAUUUACUGAAUGUCUACCUGGUUAUCAAGACUGAGAUUUCCAUGUUAACAUUUGAAUAUAUAUGAACAUAUCCAUACAAUUUGUCAUACUGUAUGGACAGUUCAAAUACUUUUCAUUUAUUUUUCAGGUUUAUGUGUAAUCAUGUAACAACAUUCCACAAACAUUUUGUUUAAAGUUUUUGCUUAAUGCCUGCAGUUAAACUUUCAAGUCACCUAAUUUGGUGUUUUACAGAUUGUUAAACAGUUGAUUGGUGCACAUCUGAUAGCUAGGGCUGUCUGUGCAGUGCACCUGCUCCAACUCCAUGGCAACAAAACACAACAUAUUCCACUGGAUUGGCGGAGUGUCAGGACAUCCUCCUUACUGGCAACAUUAUUAUUGUGCUGUAUGACACUCCAAAACAGUAUUGCAAUGUAAUUUUAGUCAGCAGUUAUUGAAUCAUCUUUGGAUGUUACAAUGUGCUUGUUAUGAAUUUGUUAUGUCGUUUUUACAUGGUUUUAUUAAUUGUCCAUCAAACGAUAGAGGAGCAGAUGUGAAUAGAGGUGCACAACUCUGGUUUCAUAACUGUCUUUUUCUACAGUGCAAGCAUUGCAACAGUGACUGUGCUUAAACAUUAUAUUGUGGGUAAUAUACUGAUUUGAAAACUCAAAUUAUAUUACUCAGAGAUAAUCUGAGGAAAUGUUGGUAAAUAUGUUCUCUGUUGACAAUGAGCUGAUGGCUAAGUUGUUUGUUUUAUUUGAACGUUAAAAGUUAUUAGUCAAAUAGAUUUUGUGAAAUUUCAGUUCUUAUGGAUUUUGAGUGACAAAGGUAAUUAUUAUUGUUAUUAUCAAUUUGAACACUAUUGAAAAAUGUUUGAAAGCUUUACGAUAGUUUUUUCACUGUUGCUGUACUCUGAAAAAAGUGUGCCAUACUUUUAAGAGAUUUAGAUUCUGUGACAAAUGUCCAUGUAACUGGUCAACCAGUUCUGCUACAGUAAAUGGAUUUGUGUUUGUGU